UUUUUUUUUUUUUGGUUUGUUGUUCUUUUGAUUUGUCUUAGCAAUGGACAGGCACAAGUGUAGGCUCUGCUUCAGAAGCUUCUCCAAUGGCAGAGCUUUGGGAGGUCAUAUGAGGUCCCAUAUGGUGAACCUUCCACUCCCACCAAAACCAGAGGACCCCCCAUCGCCGCCGCCGCUGCUGCUGCCGCCGCCUUCGCAUCUCCAUCUCAGUGAAGAUGCUGCCGACUCUGCUUCUUUCCUCUCCUCCCCCUCUUCAUCGGAAGGUGAUGCAGAGGAAAAGGGUUUGUCUUAUGGGUUGAGAGAGAAUCCAAAACGGAGCAUUCGGAUCGGAGAUCCUGAAUUCUCAUUCGCCAUCGACGCUGGCUCUGUUGUUCUGCAAGACAGAGAAAGCGAAACAGAGUCCUCCAAGAACCCAACUCGGAGAAGAUCGAAGAGGACGCGUAAACCGGAUCAUAAUCACCACCAUCACCAUCAUCACCACCAUUACAAUGGUUUUAAGAGACUGAAUCAGCCGGAAUCGUGGACGGAAACGGAACCGGUGAGCUCGAUCUCUGGUAGUACGACGGAGGAAGAUGUCGCGUUUUGGCUGAUGAUGCUUUCGAGGGAUAAAUGGACGAAGCAUCAAAGUGGGUAUGGACGACGGCGAGAAGUUGAGGAGGAGGACGACGACGGAGAUGACGACGGCGAUGACGACGACGAUGAAGAAGAAGAAGAAGAAGAAAUGGAAGAAUCCAUGGAGGAAACCGAUGAUUCCGAGGCGGUGAAACUUACAAGAAAUCGAAACAGAGGGAAUUACAAAUGCGAAACAUGCAAUAAAGUGUUUCGAUCUUAUCAAGCACUUGGUGGGCAUCGAGCAAGCCAUAAGAAAAUCAAGGUUUCUGUAACGUACGAGAAUCCCCAAUUGACAACGGAGCAAGAAAAUGCAGGUACAACAACCAUGGCGGAAAGGAAAAUUCACGAAUGCCCUGUUUGUUUCAGAGUGUUUUCUUCCGGCCAAGCUCUCGGCGGCCAUAAGAGAUCUCACGUCACCGGAUUCUCAUCGGCGAAUUCGAGAAUCCCGGCGAAGAAGUUCAGUGACAGUUUGAUAGAUCUUAACCUCCCAGCUCCUUUCGAGGAAGACGAUCUCAGCCAAAUCGAGCACUCGGCGGUUUCUGAUGCGGAUUUCGUCAACGCCAUUAGGCAAUAAAAGAUCCUCCGAUCAAAAUUCAGAGGUAACUAAAUUAAAAAAAAAAAAAAAUUGAAAAAAAAUGAAAAAGAAAAGGAAAUUUUGACCUGUUACUGGGUAUUGAUUGAUGAUGAUACAUCAAAUCUGAUGACUAUUUUAUAUGGUUCAAAGUUUGAUUAAUUAGAAUUGGAAUUCUCAUCUAA